GGUUCCCAACAUAAAAUUUAAACUAAUUUGAUCUCAAGCUACUGAUUAAAACAAACUGGACUACCCAGUGACACCAUCUAAGAGUUGGCUGGGUUGUGAGCCCAGUCAAGUCUACAGUCGCAGAGGUUUAUGGUCAACACUGAAGGACAUCUUAACCUGAAAUUAUCAUCCUGCUGGGGGCCAAAAAUGGAAAGAAUACUAUGAUAAUGUACACGUUAGGUUUGUGUGGCUUGUUGUCAAGGACUUCCAUCAUUGCGGCGGCGUCCUUAAAGACAACACCGCCACCUGGCGUCGUGUGUCGCGGGAGACCAGUGGUCAAUUUUUGUGUGAAUUUACCAAAAAAAAAGAAAAAAAAUAUAUAAUAUAAAUUAAGACAUAAAGCAUACAUUGGAUUAAUUUAAACGAAACACGUCAGAAUACAGACCGUCAAGAGCGAGUCCCUAUCGAGGAUCCAUUCCUUACGCCUGGAGAUGCAGACCAGUGCAGUCGGUUUAGGAAAAAAGGAUCGACAGACAGUCUGCAGGAAGUUGCUGCAUCCUCAUCAGUGAACUCACGGGCCAGUUUUAUGCUGACGCUCGUUUGACAGGAGGGUUUGUGGACACUGGCGUCCAUGGUAACGCGGACCUGCCAUGUCCUUCAGCUCCGUGUCAACGUGCACUGGGUGUGUUGGUGAUGGCGCAGCUGCCAUGGCAACCCAGGGGUCUGAGCAGGCGCCGCUGGCCUCAGACCGCUACGCCAGACUCAUCCUGGCCCAGAUGAACAAGAUGCGACUCCGCACAGACUUCUGUGAUGUGGGGCUGAAGGUCGGUGCCCAGGUCUUCAGGGUGCACCGGCUAGUGCUCGCUGCCAGCAGCCCAUACUUCUCUGCCCUGUUCUCCGGGGGGAUGAGGGAGGCGGAUAAAGACGAGGUGCAGAUCCUUGGAGUGGAGACUGAAGUAUUUGAGGUUCUGCUGGAAUUCAUUUACACAGGACUGAUCAGCGUAACCGUGGAAAAUGUUCAGGAGCUGAUGGUCGCUGCCGACAUGCUCCAGCUGAACGAAGUCGUGUCUGUCUGUGGGGAGUUUCUCAAGGGCCACAUGGAUCCAUCCAACUGUGUGGGCAUCUUUCAGUUUCUGGAGCAGAUUGCCUGCUUGGAAAUGCUAGAGUUUACUGAGAACUACAUUCAUGUACAUUUCCUGGAGGUGUGUGUUACUGAUGAGUUCAGGGGCCUGUCAAAGGAUCAGUUGGUGAGGCUUCUAAGAAGUGAGGAGCUGAGGAUUGAGGAUGAGUACCAGGUAUUCACUGCAGCAAUGGACUGGGUUCUCCAAGAUGUAGUGAAGAGGAAAAAACAUGUAGUGGAGGUGUUGGAACCAGUCCGCUUCCCUCUGCUUUCCCCACAGAGAUUGUUCAAGUACAUAGAAGGUAUUACCGACUUUAGCCUGCGGGUGGCACUGCAGACUCUGCUGAGGGAAUACACUGAGGUCACAAAGUCCCCCAAAGAAAAUAAGGUGUACAGCCAGCUGCAACCUGCCAAGAUGAGGCCCAGAAGAAAAGCCAGGAAAUACCUCUAUGCCAUAGGAGGCUACACGCGGUUGCAGGGUGGACGCUGGAGUGACAGUCGGGCGUUGAGUUGUGUAGAGCGCUUCGACACCUUCAACCAGUACUGGACCACUGUGUCGUCUCUGCAUCAGGCUCGCAGUGGGCUGGGAGUUGCAGUCCUGGAGGGCAUGAUCUACGUGGUGGGAGGGGAGAAAGACUCAAUGAUCUUUGACUGCACAGAAAGAUACGACCCAGUUACCAAGCAGUGGGCUGCUGUGGCAUCUCUGAAUUUUCCUCGCUGUGGAGUUGGCGUCUGCCCCUGCCAUGGAGCUCUGUACGCACUCGGUGGUUGGAUUGGCUCUGAGAUCGGGAAGACCAUGGAACGAUAUGACCCAGAGGAAAACAAGUGGGAGGUUAUUGGGAGCAUGGCGGUUCCCCGCUAUUAUUUCGGCUGCUGUGAACUACAAGGAUUCAUUUACGUGAUCGGAGGCAUCAGCGACGAAGGAAUGGAGCUGCGCUCUGCAGAGGUGUACGACCCCAUCUCCCGACGUUGGAGCGCCCUGCCCGUCAUGGUCACACGUCGGGCCUAUGUGGGCGUCGCCUGCCUAAAUAACUGCAUAUACGCCGUGGGCGGCUGGAAUGAGGCGCUGGGUGCUCUGGAGACAGUGGAGAAGUACUGUCCCGAAGAGGAGAAAUGGGUGGAGGUGGCACCGAUGUCUACUGCACGCGCAGGUGUGUCAGUGUCAGCUGUGAAUGGGCUGCUGUACGCAGUCGGGGGGAGGGCGGCCAGCAGGGACUUCUCCGCGCCCGUGACUGUGGAUUCCGUGGAGAUCUACGACCCCCAUCUGGACACCUGGACCGAGGUCGGCAACAUGAUCACCAGCCGCUGUGACGGAGGGCUGGCGGUUCUCUGACAGCCAGAGCACUCAGACUGUCCGCACCAGGGCCGAGACUCGUCCCAAAACUUUGUGAACUGGAGAAAAGCUGCACCUUAAGGGAACACACACAAACGUGUUUCUGUCUCUUGUAGGCUUUCGUAAUAUUAUACAUAUUAUUUAUACGUGGCGUGUCCUUUUGUUUGUCCAGAACAGCGAUUGAAAAUGACCGCACAUCCCGUACUGGAAGCUGCCAAAUCUGCCUCUGCUCCAUUAUUUUCAGUUCACUGAAUAAUUUUAGAGAGAAUUUCAGAGUGGCAACCCAUGUAUGUUCCUUAUUUAUAUUUAAAGAAAAGGCUGUUCUGAUGAUGAGGAUCCUUCUCAGAGUGGGGGGAGUUUUAUUUUUGAUGAAGCAGAGUGUUUUUAAUAAUGCUGAGGAUACUGUUCUAGGCUCUGAUGUGAAAGCACAGUCUUUGAGUUAGUUUACUGCUCCUCAAAUGAAUGUUUGAGAUGUAUGGAUUACUACUUGAGCCUGAUUGAACCAAAUGAAACCUGUGUGUCGUGAUUACCGAUUACUGUAAACUUGAACAACACGACAGUGCUGCAGUCACUGCGUUUCCACUGGUUGACUUUUGUACAUAUGUGUAUAGCAAUAUCUCUAUUUACAUUUCAGUCCAAAACCACUGAUCCAUCAUCUCAUUCAUCAGCAAAACCUCAGAGCUGUAGUUUGUUCUCCAUUCACAUUUCCAUGUUUUUCAUGUUGGGGUACCUAAUGAAUCAAAGACAAUACACUUGUUUAGAAAUGUAUUUAUAGAAAAAUAUCAUGUUUCCUCUUGAGAUAAUGGAGCACAUCACAUUUUCAAUAACAGUAUUUUCUAACGCGUAGUUAUCCCUUUACAGGCGACAUGUUACAUCACAGUAAACCACCUUUCAUUGGUUGGUUGAUUUGCAGACUGAAUAAACGUAUGUGUGAGCUGGAUUUAACAUCUCAACUACUUUCCCUCCUUCCAUUUAGUGAAUAUCCGUCAUCGGUUGGCUGAUAUAAUUGCUACUCCGUCUUUUAAAUGUCUGUUGUGAUCCAUCAGACUAGUACCACUGUAUUUUCCUAAAACAGUAAAGUUCGUCCAGAAGUAGUCUCCACUGAGUUUGUACACAAAAAAAUAUGGAGCUGACCUCAGUAGAAUAUGCACUGACCAGGCAAUAUAAUAUGACGACCUUCCUAAUAUU